AUGUGCAGAAAGCUUCGCGGCCACCAACAUACCAAACAUUACAUCAUUAACAAAAAGCUUAAUGUGAUUAUAUUUUUGGCGAUUCCUACGACUUCCAAUAUUUCCCGAUUACAAGAAAUGAUUGUGUUCAUGCUUAAGACGACUGUGUUUCGAGGUCGCCAGGAAUCACUGCUGUGA